GACUGGAAGCCCAUGGAGCAGAGUGGAAUGCCUAUGCUGGAGAAGAGUUUGUCAAGUACUUAUGCGACAUGGGUGAUACCAGAUGUUGACCUGAAUAAUGAUGAUGACGAUAGCAGGAAGAAAGGCGGAAAGAAGGACGAAUAUCCUUUAGAGGUGGAUAGCUAUGGGCUGCCGGUCAUACCAGAUGUGAAAGGCUUAACCUUGAGAGUAAAAAGUGUCUUAUCAGGAUGUUCCUCACAAAACACUACAAUUCAGUUGGCUGAUGCUGACCGGCUGUUAGAGUUGUGGUGUCAAAGACAGAAGGGCCAUGUUCGCCCAACCUUUGAAUUUAAAGGCUGGGAAGGCGACGAUAAGACGAUGAGAGAAUCGGCAGAGGUGAUUUCCGGAAACGGUUCUGACACGAGACCCAAGGAUCCAGUGAAAAAGUCUACCAGAAAGCGCACUGGGAGGGUGGAACAGGUGUCAAGUAGUGAAGACGAGGACAAGGAUGAUGAAGAUGAAGAGAAGGACGACAACAACAACGACAACGAAGAGAAGGACGAUGACGAUGAUGAUGAGAAGGACGACGACGACGACGACGACGGCACAUCGCCACCUCCAAAGUUGACACCUGCCACAAAUCACAUACCGGUCAAGAAAUCCAGGCCGGUCAACAUGCGCAGCAGGGCUAGUCCGGCUCCAUCUGCUGCAGAGCAUGAAGAUCCCCACCCACUGGUCAAUAAAUCCGUGCCGGUUCCUUUGCCACCUAAAUUAAAACUAACUAAAAAGUGCAGUAGGGUUGAUCACAUUCAAUCUGAUUUAGAGUCGGACAGUCGGCCUCCAAGAAAGAAAUCCCAGCCAAACAACGCCAGUACCGGUUCUGCGCAAUCAACCGGUGCUCAUGACAACGAUCCUCCUCCUUCAAACAGUCGAGCAUUUGGUCCUACAUCUGGUAUCCAUGCCAAGAAGAAAAACCACAAAACACCGGUGCCCAAACCAACACCCGCUUGCCCCAAGGACCACCGGCAAGAAAGCCCAAGGACAUGA